UCCCUUCUGAGAAACUUCACCAUCCUCAGAGGUGUGGAGAAAAGAUGGGGACAAGUCCCAAGGAGCACAAGUGGCUUUUGAUGUGGCUCUUGUUUGGAUUCAUGAAGGGGAACAGGACAGGACAAUGCCCACGCCUUCCAGAGCCUGAAUUUGCCGAUGUUACUGCUGACAUGUAUCCACCAGAGACCAAACUGUACUAUAUGUGUGACCCUGGCUAUGACAGAGAAGCUAGUACAUACCCAGGAAUUCAGUGCAAGAUUGAACAGCAGGGUGCUGUUUGGAUAUACAAACGAUUUAAAUGCUUAGAUAAGAAAAAUUUGUCAUCAGUGACUCCCAUGACCGAGUUGGAACUUACACAGAAGCCAGAAUUAGAACCAAUGAGCACUGCACCCCAGAAGCAAGAAGACCUUUCAGAGUCCAAACAAAAAGGUUUCUGUAGUCCUCCCAAGACUAUUCCACAUGCCUCCAUAAGGCUGCCCCAACAGCAUUACGUGGGACAAGUCUUACAUUUCAAAUGCCAGACAGGUUAUGAUAAGAGACCCCCCACCUUUGGCAGCAGGACGUGCAAGGAGGUGAAUGGAGAAACCUUCUGGACCCCCCUUGAUAUGAGAUGCACCAAUGUCAGCACCCAGUGGCCACCACAGACCAUUGAGCCAGGUUUGAAUCUUCUGUCCUCUUUCCCUUCCUCAUCAGGGACACUGCCAGUGACAGCUAUCUGGUUUGUUCUGCUUAUCGUUCCCACUGCCUUUGUGUGACUCACCAAGCAGCCAAUAAGGGAAGACUUCUCAGGGAUUUGUGGCAUUCAGAUGCAAAUUUGUGAAAAUAAUGACUUGCCACAGAAGAAACCAGAUUGUACCAGUGACCCCAAGACCAGCAGUGGCAAAUGAGGAGGAAGCCUGGACACUCAAAUCCAACGUGUGCAGGUGGCAGAAGAUGUUACAGCUCAACUCUCAUGGGGACAGCAUGACUUCCCACCUACAGUGUGGGAUUCACAUUCUCUGAACCUGAGAGAAGCAGUGAGAGAAGCAGAGGAAAGAAUGAUCAAAACAAUUCUUAUCUCAUUUGCUGUGGCUGUCUUGUGCCAAAGUAGAAUGCAAUGUGGAGAUUGUUUACCCAGAGUGAUGGUGUUUUGUUUCCCUGGCCUGUCGGGGCCGUGUGUGUGUGCCCACUGUGGGUCAGCAGACAGGCAUGAGCUGCUGGGCAGUUGAAUUGAGUGCUUUGUGCAGAUUCAGUUGAGAUGUAGUGUAAUGCAAUAUAGAAUGAUAUAGUAUAAUAAAGUCAUUAAUUAGCCUUCUGAUAA